AUGACGCACACCCUAUUAUAUCUAUUGGGGCUCUUGCUAGCAAUUCUUGGGGCAAAGGCUGAGCCCAAAGGCGAGAAUUGGCCUCACACACAAUUUAUGACUGGACCAUGGCGCCCACCUCACCUUAUGAUGGCCACUUAUGGCGAGGUCGACCCAGGGAAAUUCUUCAUCAGUGUUCGAAAUCAGAUGGCCGGCACGGCCGCGACCAUCUAUGAUACAGAUGGUGAAAUGAUUUGGCAAGGCCCUGAGAAGAAGACCAUGGACUUUAAAAUGCAGAGACUAUUUGACCAGGAUGUGAUGACCUACUGGUCUGGUCAAACAGGGGUGCUUGGCUACGGAUAUGGGUCUGUGCAUAUUCUUGACACCUCGUAUAACGAGAUUUAUACCGUUACACUGAAAGACAACCUCGUCACACCUGACGGCAAGGCACAAGACUCCUAUAUCGACGUCCAUGAACAUCUAAUCACCCCGGAUAAUACUAUCAUUGUCUCCGCAAUCAAUAUUACUCAGACCGAUACGAGUGAUAGGAAAGAUGGCCACCCGGGUACGUGGAUUAUCGACUGCCUCUUCUACGAAAUAGAUAUCAAAACAAACGAAAUUCUAUUCACGUGGAGCGCCUUAGAUCAUCGUGACUACCUCCCACUCACGGACUCUAAGAAUCCCAAAGGUGGAAUGGGAGUGUCUCGAGAAACAGCAUGGGACGCCUAUCAUAUGAACUCGGUCGAAUGGGCUCACGGUGGGUACGUGGUUUCCAUCCGAUUUUGGUGGUCUGCAUUCUAUAUCAAUAGGAAUGGCACGAUGCGCUGGCAGCUUUCAGGCGGCGGUCCUGGAGAAGGCACGAUUGAGAAUGAUGCACACUUUGCCUGGCAGCAUGAUAUCCGGAUACACAACGAAACGGAUCAUAGCGUAGUGGUGACGCUAUUUGACAAUCAUGCUAGAGCCGCAGGAAGAGGAACCAAGGCCGAGUCCAACGGGAUCGCUAUCGAUGUGGACCUCGUUAGGAUGAAGGGCACUACGUUCCGUCGCGUUAAUACCGCCGCGUCCGACCCUAGCCAGGCUCGGACUCAAGGGAGUUUCCAACUGCUCAAUUAUAAUACGACUGGCCACAUUUUCAUGGGGUACGGGUCGACUUGCAAGUUCAAGGAGUACGACGGGGACGGGAAGGUGGUCCAGGCCGGCCAGUUUGGCUACAUCGGCCAUGCGCAGUCCUUCCGUCUCCUCAAGUACCACUGGAAGGCGAUCCCGCAUUGGAAUCCCGCGGUCGUAGUCCAGCCUGUCUCGAAAUACACUACCGACAUGUCUGUGUACAUGAGUUGGAAUGGCGCGACCGAGCACGACAACUGGCAGGUCUACAGCAUCCCCCACAUCAACUCUACGAUCGAGGAUGCGAAACUGCUUGCUAGUACUCCCCGUUACGGAUUUGAGACCCAUGUCGACGUGCGCGGUGUCGAAGAUGAUUACAUCCUGGUGGAAGCUCGGAAGGGACAGAGGGUCCUCGGCACGUCUUCUGGUGUAUUGGUUCCGCAGAGGAGGCAAGAGGAGCUUCGGUCAUGA